AUGGCCGACAUCAAAGUGACCCCAGAGCUUCAAAAUGCCAGAAUGCCACCGAACCUAUCGCGUGAGGAAAGGCUGGCUUACAUGGCCAACCAUGUUGAAGCGAUUCAGAAGCUGAAUCCCGAGGCUGACAUGAAGCUGGAUACGGAUUGGUGGAAAGCCUCCGUCAACCUCAGCUCCGACAUCGAUGAAUCGCUUGAUGCCGAGACGAAGAGAAAGGUGAACGAAACGACCAUGAAGAUGUUCCAACCGGGGGCCGGACUAGACACCACCAAAGAAGUUCGCGAAGAAUUAAAAGAGCUUUUAGUGGACCAUGAAGAUAUCUAUAAAAGCCUCGAGGCUUCCCUGUUUGCGAAUGAGAAGGCCCUACAACAAGCACAAGAGAUUAUCAAGGAUCAGGUUGCCACAGGCGAAUUUGCGUUCCCUGGUGUCGCGGAACAGAAGAGCUCGGGUUCUCAGUAG